AUGCGGCAGGGGGGGCACUCCAAGCGGCCGCGGGAGGGAAACUCCGCCCUGUACACCGCCGUCUGCCGGGGAGACGCCGAUCUCGUGGCGGAGCUCCUGAAGCCGAAGCCACAUGGGCAGCGCGACGGGAGCGCGGCGGCUGCGGCAGGCGCACCGGCCGCGUUAGACUUGGAGGAGCUCUCCCGUGGCUCCACCGCCCUCCACGCCGGCUGCGGGACGGGGCAGUCCCGGAUCGUGGCAAUGCUGAUCGAGGCGGGGGCCGACCCUAACACGGUCAGGCCCAAAGACGGCUACAGCCCUCUCCUGAUUGCCGUGGAGGUGAGGGAGCGAGACAUCGUCAAGGCUCUGCUGGAGGCCAAGGCGGACCCGGAAUUGUCCAGCCACGCCGAGGGCAUCGCACCCCUCCACAUGGCCGCCUCGCAGGGGAUGACGGAAAUCGUCUUCGACUUGCUGCGCGCCGGCGCGAACCAGCUGCAGCCCACGCUGGGCAAGCUGCUUGCCCCCAUCCACUACGCCAGCUUCUCCGGUUGCGUGGACAUCCUCGAGCUGCUCGUGGAGGGAGCAGCCGCGGCGGCGUGCGACGAUGGCCUCCUCGCGCGCAAGCUCCUGCUCCAGCUGAGCGACGCGCGGGGCCACCAGCCCCUGCACUGCGCCGUUCGGGACGGGGCGCGCGCCCGGGACACGGUGCUGGCGCUGCUCGGGAUGGGCGCGGAGGUGGACGGCGGGGCCCUCCCGGCCCUCCCGCCGCCCCCGACCCCGCUGAUGCUCGCGGCCCUGAAGGUCUUGCCGGCGAUCGCCAAGGUCCUCAUCGAGGCCGGCGCGAACGUCAACGCUCGAUAG